UCACAGAAGUUUGCGUUUUCGGCGAUUUUAUCGAAAGCAGACACGUACGUUCGUGGUUUUUUGAAUCCAACUAUUUUUGUACUCGGUCUAAUACAAUUCUUACCUCAAUUGUGUCACAUUUUGGUGCUCAUUUCAAGAUGGAGUGUGUAGUUUGUUUUGUGUAACUCGAAGCCCCUUGUGCGGUGAACCGCAGUAUCGAUAAAUUUGCUAAUAUGUGACUUAUCUUUGUCGAAAUUCUUGCAAGUCAUUAUCUGUCAAACAAGAACUUUCUGCCAUACGUUCUUUUUCUGAAAAAAUUGUGUCAUUCUGACUGUUUAAAUAUGAAGCGUGGCUUUUCCAGCGAGAAUGAUAGCAAAAUUUCAAACCUUUCCGAGGAAAACAUAACCAAAGACGAAAGUGAUAAGUUAAACGAGCCUUCAGAAUGUAAAAUUCCCAAAACCGAAGACAGUGAAACGAAGGAAUGCCAAUCAAACGAGGAAGCCGGCGAAGUCAUAGAAGUUAAAAUAGUUUAUAACAAAAAGAAAUACGAUGUCAGCGCGCCCUCGAACACCACCGUUGCUGACUUCAAAAAAAUAUUACAGGGUCUUUUAGGAAUUCCCGACUCCAUGCAGAAAUUAAUGUAUAAGGGAUUAUUGCAAGAUAAUCAAACUUUAAGCACUGCUGGAAUCACAAACGGUUCUAAAAUUAUGUUAGUCGGUUCUACUUUGAACGACGUUUUGGCUGUGUCUUCAGUUAGUAAACAGGACGUUGUAGAAAUGGAGAAAGCAGCCACGGUGAAGGAACCACUUUGUAAACAAAAAAUCCACCGGAAAGUCCUAGACAAAGGUGUACCUGAAGAUGCCAUGCCCGGAAUUAAAAACAUAAAAGAAGGUUUGCCCCCUUUGCCCCUGUCAGGAAUGCUCAAUAAGCACGGAGGCAAGGUUAGACUGACAUUUAAACUAGAAAGUGACCAAUUGUGGCUCAGUACCAAGGAACGUACUGAAAAACUGCCCAUGGGAUCAAUUAAAAGCAUAGUUUCCGAGUCAAUUGAAGGGCAUGAGGAGUACCACAUAUUGGGCUUGCAGUUAGGGCCUACAGAAGCGUCCAGAUACUGGAUAUAUUGGGUGCCUGCACAGUACGUGGACGCGAUUAAAGACGCAGUUUUGGGCAAGUGGCAGUACUUCUGACUUUACAAGCCAGCCAAGCUAACAGUAUUGAGAUCAACAGGUUUAGUUUAAUUUUUGUGUGGACUGAGAUUACAUUAAUCUUCAACAUGCAUUCAACUUAAAAGGGAAUCAAUAAAUUUUUCAUACUUAAGUUUUCAUAUGGAAUUUUGUACGUUUUGUAGGUUGCUUUUGUGAUAAUGAUCAUUGAUAUUGUUAGCAUAACUGCUUUGAAUUCAAGUGAUGAACUCAAUAUUUGUGAUGUGCGUUGAUUUGGUAGAGUUGACGCUUCAAAAGUGAUUCAAUGUUGACUGUAUCACAUCAACAAAUCUGUAAAAUAACCUAAUUUUUAUAAAAAACUACAAAUGAUUUCUCAGUAGCUAUGUGUUAAUCCAUUAAGAUUUUCAGUUGUAUUGUUUGUGUGAUUAUAAAGCAAAUAAAUAGUUUUAUGUUUCAAAAGAA